ACGCCCAGCUCUCCAUCCAUGUGCCUCACCAACCCCAACCCUGCAGAAGGAAUAGCUAUUUAAGGGCAGUUGGACUUCAGGAAAACCAGACAGGCCCCUGAACAAGACACUGCAGCAUCAUCUGAGAGGCUGACAACAUGAAGGUCCUCCUGCUGCUAGCAGCCUUGAUCAUGGUCUUUGGCCCAAUCCAGAUCCAAGGGAGUCUAGCUGAGUUAAAUCGAAUGAUCUGGCUUAAGACAGGAAUGAGAGCUGGGUUAAUGUAUGCCUUCUAUGGUUGCCACUGUGGCCUGGGUGGCAGAGGAUCCCCCAAGGAUGCGACAGAUUGGUGCUGUGCGGCUCAUGACUGUUGCUACGACCGACUGGAGGACCUUGGCUGUGGCACAAAAUCACUGGACUACAAUUUCAAGUAUUCAAGGGGCGAAAUCACCUGCUCUGUAAACCAGGACUUCUGUGGGCAACAGUUGUGCCACUGUGAUAGACUUCUGGCUGAAUGUUUAGCCCAGCACCAGAAGAGCUACAGUUGGAAGUACCUCAUGGGUAUCAAGAAAUCUUGCGAAGGAGAGUCACCCAGCUGCUCAGAGAGCCGCUUUUUUUUCACAUAGCCCAACCCAGUCCCCCCAGGGAUAAAGAAAGCAUUCCUCUCCUUCCCUAGACACCUUCUGUAGAGACACCAAAGCCUGAUGCAUCAGGCUGAUCUUCCCCACCACGCCACUACCUUGGGCUAACAGAUUGCCCACAUCCAUCCUUCCCUUCACAUCCAACUUCCUGCCUUGCAGUAUCAAGGGGCUGUUACAAAUAAAGUAAUUCAUCAAUGAA